AUGAGCACCAAGGUUGCCCCACCCUCUGGGGGAAGCCAGUCCGGGCCAGCUGCCUCGCCAGACGUGCGCUCUGCGAGGCAGCAGAGGCCAGACUGGCCCGAUGCGAAGCAGCAGCAGAGGCUGCCGCCAGCCUUCUCGAUCAGGAGGCGGUGCUCGGUCAGCCACCCAG